AUGAGCGAUGAUGAGGAGGAGGUGGCAGCGGCCUUGGAAGCAAGGCUACAAACCUUGGAACAUCUCAAUAGCCAGGAGGCUGCUACCAUGUUGAGCCGCAUGGCACCACAACAGGCAUCCCAAAUGAUGCUUUUAAUGGGAAGCAGCAAGCGCUCAGAGGUGCUGGAGGUCAUGACUGAGGCACAGAAAGAAUCCAUCGCUGCAGCCCUUCCUGCGGAUACCGCGAUAGCGCUGGGAAUGCAGAGUGUAGAGAAGGCAGCGGAUGGAGAUGCAGACGUCACAACCUUCAAGCCCCCUCCACGAGGACCUCUGAUGGAAGAUCAACAGGGUAGUGUGGAAAGGGACACAACUAUGGAAGCCUCCGAGUCUGCAGUGGGUUUGGAGUCCGAAACUCCUGAGCAAGCUUCAUCUCAACCCCAGGUUGCCAGAGAGGCUCCGGGUGAGGUUUGCACGGUGCAAGAAACUGGGUCUGGAGCCUCAUCCAGCUCCACCUCAGAGGAUGAGGAUGCCGGGGCAACUGCUAUGAUUGAAAUCCCAAGCCAUACCUCACUUGGAGCUGUGGAAUCACAACCAAGCCAGGUACAGGAUGAGAGCGCAUCAUCUACCAAGGUUUGUGGAAGUGAAAGCCAAGUGGUGGAAGAGGGGGGUUGUACAGCACCAGCAGCUGCGGCUGCAGCAACAGAAGAGAUUCCAACAGAAGCCGUAGAAGUUGUCGAGGAUGUGCAGGACGGGAUUGUUGACACCUGGCUCGUAAAUGACAAGCCAGCGGUUCGCGAGCACAUCUCAGUCCGUGGUUACAUGUCAAGGCCAGCCGCUCAGAUGCAUCCAGACACCUCGUCAAGGGAUGCCGCACAGGUUGCCUUCCAUUUGAGCCCUUUGCCUGACCACACCAUAGCGAAAUACCUAGAGGAGUUGCCGCCGCAGGAAUGCGAAGCAGUCUUGGCCAAUUUUCCGCCAGAGAGGCGUCGGUCGAUUUUAGAUCAUUUGUGUGAGGAGGAAGUAUCAUCCAGCUCUUCCACUCAGGUAAAGCCGCCCAGAGUCUCGCAGCUCAGCGAGAGAGCCUUAGGCUUUGCUGGCAAUAUGGCAGCAAGAGCCAAGCAAGGCAUCUCGGAGAUGGCGCCAGAGGCCUCGACCAAGACCGCGGCUGCUAGCCAUGUUGCAGCCACGGAGAUGAAACGCGCGGCUGCAAGGGCCAGCCAUGCGGCGGGCUGGGCGCGUCAUAGCAUGAGCCAAGCAGCAGAUAAAGCAGCUGCAACGAAAAGUGCAGAGUACGCCAAGACCGCUGCCAACAGCGCCCUGAGCGCUGCACGUGUGGGUGUAUCAUCUGCAGCGCAUCAGGCACCAGGGGGAAAACGGAGGGAGGAGGGAACUAUUGGGUCGCUGCCCCCAAAAUCGUUGAAACGAUCCAGUUUCAGGGCCUACGUUUGUAUUGUAUGA